CCGGAGCCGCGGGGCUGGGGCGGCGCUGUGUUGGCGCUGUGUUCUCGGACCCUGCCGCCGCCAUGAGCCGCCUUAGCGGCCGCUGGGACGGCCCCGACAAGGAUUUCCUCGCUCCUUCACAGCUCCUCCUGGACCUGUGCCUUCGAAGUUUGACAAAGAACCUUUCCAGAUAUGCUGCAGAUAUUAAAUCGUUGCCACCCAACAUAAAGGAUAAACUGAUUAGUUUAAUGAGUAGGCAAGGACAAAUAACAGAUUCAAAUAUCAGUGAGGUGUUGCAUCCAGCUGUUGAGUCUCUAGACCUCCGAGACUGUGAUAUUUCAGAUAAUGCAUUACUGCAGCUUUAUAACUGCAAACAGCUGAAAAAAAUCAACUUAAAUUCUUGCAAAGAAAACAGAUUAGGAAUCACUUCAGAAGGUGUCAUAGCUCUGGCCUUAUCCUGUCCUUACUUGCGUGAAGCGUCUUUUAAAAGGUGCUGUGAUAUAACCGACAGCGGAGUUCUUGCUCUUGCACUCAACUGUCAGUUUCUAGAAAUAGUGAGCUUGGGAGGCUGUUCAGGCAUCAUGGAUGCAUCUCUGCAGGCACUAGGGGAAAACUGCAAAUUUCUUCACAGUGUGGACUUUUCAUCUACUCAGGUGACAGAUGAUGGCGUUGUAGCACUAGUGAGUGGAACAUGUUCAAAGAAUUUAAAGGAGAUCCACAUGGUGCGCUGUGUGAAUCUGACCGACAUUGCUGUGGAAGCAGUCCUUACUUCCUGUCCAAAGAUACACAUUUUUCUGUUCCAUGGAUGCCCAUUGAUGACAGAUCGUUCCCGAGAUGUUUUAGAGCAGCUAGUCAUAUCAAACAAGAUCAAGCAAGUGACAUGGACUGUUUACUGACUAUUUACCGUGUACAGAUGAGUGUAAAGUUUACAGAUUGGCGAGCUCUUGCAGAAAACAAGCAUGUUCAUCUUGGAGAAAGAGGUGGUGACUUCUGUACCAUCAGAUUGCUUCGCCCUGUGUGCCCACCAGAGGUCUCUGCCCAUUCCAGUCGUUGCUUGUAAGUUUGAGCUUCCCCGCUGUCUUUACUUGAGGCCCUGCCUGGCUUUGCGUUGCUGAUGAUACUUCAUUAAGAGGAAAGUUAUGCUACGAUUUAUACUACACUCUCAUUGCUCAUUAUCCCUGAACUAUUAGACUUGACUGAUACUUAGCAUUUUUUAGCAUCUUAGCUACUUAUACAAAUCCAGUUUAAGUAAGUCUGUGUUCUGACUUUGUAGUCUGACUAGGUAAUUGCAUGCAGAAGUACCUGUGAAAUUGAGACUUUCAUCUGACAAAAGUCAACAGGGAGAUGUGGUGAAUGGUGAUGACAUUAACAGCAAUGUGAUUGUAUCUUAAGUAGUAGCAAACAAUCUCCUUUCACAUCUACUUUUGCUAGACCUGUAAGAAAACCUUUUGAUGCCACAGAAUUCUGAAGGGUUUACCAUCAAAUAUUUGAUGAUUUUUUUACACAUCCAAAAGUAGAGUCUGCAAACAUGUAAAUAUAAACUUGCUUUCAAAUUGUUAUGGUGACUUAACAAAUUUCAGGAGAGCUAUAAUCAAUCAAAGAGUCUCAUGUAUGGGCAAAUACUGGUAUGUUCCUGCAUGGAAGUCUGUUUAGGGAACAAAACACUGGUCCUUAUAAGCAUAGCCUUCAGUGUGGUAGUACCAAACUUAGUGUCUGAGUACAUGAAUCUCGCAAUGGUAGAGUUAGCAGAGUAUGUAUUUUGCUGUAUGCAUCUUAUUGUAUCUCUAGUGGCCUCCAGAAGCUGAAAAUGCCAAUUACUGAUAUAUCAUUCAGCUGUAGUUACAUGAAAGAAAAAAGAAGUUUGGAAGUGUAGAAUCAGUAUAUUAGUGAUGAAGCAGUGGUCUCAUCACAAUUACAAGUCAUGGUCAUUGGCUUUCCUGAAACAGCAUAACCACUAGUGAGACUUUCACAAUUUCUAUGUUAAACUUUGUUAAAUGCUACCAAUAUUAGCAUUAUACAAGGCAGGUGGCACACAGUGUUGAUAGUCUGAAUCUGGAAGUAGCAGGGUUUAGCUAAGGUGCUCUUGCAUGUAUCUGAUGACACUUAGAAGCCCAGGAGUUUAGGCAACCAUAAGGAAUAUGCUUACUUUAUCAUUUUUAUAACCACACCCAUUUUAAAUGUUGCAAACAUAAACCAGUCUUCUUCUAAUCUAUUUAAGGUUCAGGUCAAAUGGCAUGGAAGAUACUAACAUAUGUUGCAUCCCAUAAUAUUAAAGGAUAUUGUGAUGUCUGACAAUAAUUUCUGUCCUUCUGUUCAUUAUAUGGUUUAUUGAAGUGCAAAUCCAUUUAGAAACCUUGAUCAAGCCUAAUUGUCAAACUCCAAUGCCUCAAUCCUGGACUUGAUGAUCUGUAAGGUCUCUUCUAACCCUGAUGAUACUGUAAUCCCCCAGUUCUUGUUGUAAGCAGUGCUAUUGCUCAGCCCAGUAAUGAAUGUGUUCCUAUCAUACCCAUGGGUAUAACUGCACCAAUACAAACCAUUCCUGCAAAGAGAAAUUGGGUUUGUUACAUUAGUGAUUGGGAUCUGAAGGCUGUAACUGCAGCAAAUCCCUGGACCAGAUAGAAGCCUACGAUCCUAAUUGACCAUGAUUUAUUCUCUUUUUUAUUUUACCAAAGAGUAGUUUAUUGUUUUUCCAUGUGGAAUCUCUGGUAUCAGGGCCCAUCACUCCUUUGAACUUGUGGAUGUGAGUUGGCAAUACAUUUGUUUUCUGCUAUUUUUCAUAUUGAUCCACCUAGCCAAGUAGGCAGCAGCAAUGAUACACUCAGCAAUUGGGUCAAGUAAAUAAAGCACAAGGACCAGGCUGGCAGACAUAGUUUCAGGAAGGGUGGCCAAAAAAAGUAAGUAGAAUUGUAAGCAAACUCAAAUUGGAAGGGGACUUAGGAGGUCUCUACCCUAACUUCCUGUCCAAAGUAGAGCCAGUUCAGAUCAGCUUAGUCGGGGCUUUAUCCACCUGAGUCUAGAUGACAGAGCUUUUGCAGCUUUUUGAGGCAACUCAUUCCACUGCUUGGGGACAUUCAUGGUGCAAAGUUUUCCUUUGAUACCAUUUGACCCUAUUUUGUUCAACUUAAAAGCUGUCCCACUGGAAGAGCCUGAAUGUUGUCCUGACAACCUCCUCAUAGGUAUGACCAGGCUGCUCCCCUUAAAACUUUCCCCUUGCCAGCCCAAACAAGCUAAGUCAUGUUAACUGUAACAUAGUGCAGUGAUGGGCACCAGACUUAUGUCAGAUGCCACUUUCCUUUCAAUGCAGAAUGAAAAUAGUAAAUUAAGAUAAUGUAAAGCAGGUAAAGGUGAAAGAUAGCUAAAAUCUGUAACAGCAAAGGACACUUAAAAACCAUCUGCUUGUGCUACUGCUAGCCUCACUGACAGGGUUGUCUUUUUCCCCCUUGUUGAUAUAACCUUGGAGUUGUCAUGCUGCAGCCAAAUUCAACAUACACUGUCCCUAAACAUGUAUGCAGCCUCUUCUGAAUGUGUAACUUAGUGGUAUAUGCUUAAAAAUCUGUACAGGCCUGUAGUGAAUUAACACUAUAUUUUCAAGCUGAAAGUUGAAUGUAAGUCACAUUAAAUCCUAGUGCACAGUCAGAGGAUUUCUGGAGUUGUUUUUCAACCAUUUUUGGUUAUACUGGUAUUCUUCCAUGCCCUUAGCUGUUGGAUUGGCUAAAUAACACCUUGCUCAUGAUUAGCUCACUUGGGGUUUGAUUUAUUGUUAGGUUUAGAUUUGAUUUACACUUAUUUGUGCUUCUGGACACUUCAGGCGGGUAGCCUACAAGUAGUUCUCUUAAUUUGGCUAUUUCCUUUAUCACACCAAAAGUAAUGUAAUUCUGCUACGAGAAGUUGAUUGGAACAACCAUAUUGCAAGUUGGUCCCACUGGGAACAGUAGUAACUACUAGAUCUCAAGGAAAGAAAAUCUGGGCUGGGUGAUAGGUUGGCCUGGAUGAUCUUGGAGGUCUCUUCCAACCUGGUUGAUUCUAUGAUUCUGUGAAAUCCUUCACUGUCAGAGCCUGAGUCUACUCUCUUGAAUGUUUGUUACUGGCAGAACUCUAUGAUUCACCGUGCAUCAAAAACCCUCUAGUAGUUGUUACCAACAAAUGUUUACAGGAACUGGAUGAAGCAGGGGAAGCCUCAUGUGUACACUCAGUGCUUCAUGUUCUGAAUUGUUUUGAUACUGUCAUUAUUGCAAAUUGUUGUGUGAGAACUGUGGAAUAUUCACACACUGUUCUGAAGAUUAAUUGUGAGUCUUCCCUUCACUUCCAUCUGUACAUGGUCAUAAAACACCAAUUAACAUCUGUGCUCCCAAACCUCCUACUUCAUAAACACCGUGGUUUUCUGAGUACUUUCUUGUGUUUAUAGACUUGUCAGACUCUGGACCUAAUGUGUGUAAGGCUUUAGCCUCACAGUUAGGACAAAUGUGGUUGUGGUUAAGACAGGAAACAACAUAUGUCAACUCAGGAGGGCUUGGAAUACAGUGGAUGGUGUCCUCCUGCCAAGUUUGCGUAUGUUCCACUGAGAUAAGGAAGUUUGCUGCACACGGUGAAAAGGAUAAUAAAGUAGAAGGUCUCUGCAACCCCUGACUCAACUGGUGGAAAGGGUAAUGCUGCCCUUCCCCACCUUGUGCAUGCACAGACUCGUAGGCAAUGUUUCCCAUGACUAACCCACAAAACAACACCCAUUUUGGGAGGGAAUGAAAAGGACCAGAACACACUGCCAGAUGCGUGGCCGUCACCAAAGACCCAAGGAAUGGGUCAGGAAAGACAUCACUGGAACUCUGAGUGUUGAUCUGGAUCUUUUCAUGUUCUCUCUCAGACACAUUGUAUAUAUGUACACAUAUGUAACUUCAGCCAGACAGGUAACAAAUCUCUUUUUGUAUGGUGAUAUAAUGCAAGUCCCCUUAAUUUGAUCCAAACCAGAGCCACUCCUUUAUCCUUCCUUCCUCUACUGUUGAGAGGGAUGUGACAAAAGCUUCCAUCACAUCUUCUGGCAUUUCAGUAGUUGUAGGUGCAUUGUGUUUAGUUCUGCAGUUAUUACUUCCCCACCACUACUUGUUCAAUAGUUAACUGCUGAAGGUGGCAGUUGCUGCAAGAUGGCUCUGAAAAACCUUGGUUUCUUCUUCAAAUGGCUGCAAUUAAAGCCUCUUGGAUAAAAUUA